UCCAAGCAGCAGGGAGCUAACGCGGGGAGCUAACAAGCUCACAGUCGAGGCAAACGAUCAUCACUCCGGCUCAACCAGGAGACCCCCCGCUCCAUGGUGCCGCCGAAUUUCAAUCUGACAAAAAACCCUAGGUCAGCGGAUGAGAACCUCCAUGCGCUAAGCCUUGCGAUGUCCGGAAGGGACGGCGGCGGCGACGAUGACGACUUCCAGAAUCCAAGCCAAUCCAUCCUCAGCCAGAGUUUCAUGCUCUCCUCCCUCAAAAGCAGGCUUUCUCAGCCCUUGAAGCCCUCCAAUGGCUACCGUGCUCGGAAGAGACGGAGGCCCUCUGCUGCAAAUGGAAAGGAGAAUGACAGUAUGCUCAGGAACCGAACUUCGGAUUCGAGGGUUUUGAAAGAAAGAAAGGAAAAAAAUCCAGUGAGCAAACGAAAGGCGGAGCUUUACCACAAGAUUGUUCCAGUUGGUUUAGGGAACAUUGAUUUUACUGUGGGAUGCGUUGAGGAGGAUGGACUUGAGGAUCUGAAAUCGAAUUUAUCAGCAUCAGAUGUACCGAGGUUUGUGGAUGGUUGGCCAUGUGAAGAAGGGCGGUUUGGGAGAGGAAGUCCGUGCUUGGAGUCCGUUGAAUCAACCCUUUUGAAAUCUGCGCCAGUGGCUGUGUGGGAGACAGAAUCUGCUCACGAAUGCAGUGUCUGUAAUGAGGCCGAAGAGGGAGUUGCCUGCCUCGCAUCAACGGAGCUAGGACUAGCUGAAGAUUGGCCAAGGAGAGAGAUGGAAGGUCUGAUUUCAAAUCAUGCAGAAGACCGGAGGAAAAUUUCAUCUGAAGCAAGGCUUUUGGAAUCAAAAGAGAAGUCAGUCUUGUCUGGAUGCAGAGAUGAUCCUUCGGGAAUACAUGGUUCUGAGGAAUUGAAGUUGAGCAAACAAUUUAUUGAUCCAAAGGUACAUGAGAGGGGUCCAAUUGGAGGGAUGCAAUAUGCGAGUCCUCAAAGUUGCCUAGCAGGGAUUGUUCUAUUGGACAAGAAAAAUAGAAAUCAUCAUGCCAUGUCUGUUGAAGCUAAACUUCUUGGCUCAAGUAGAAAGUUAGUUCCUUAUACAGACACUAGGAGUAGUGAAGAAGUGGAUGUCAGUGAUGAACUUGAACCAGGAACCCAGUUAAAUAUGUUGAUGGACCUCUGCUGCGAGAUGGGCGAACAAGGGGAUUCUGUCAGUAGAAUGUCAACAGUUGAAGAAUUUAAUUUAGGCACAGAGUCAGUUCCAAUAGAAAGGAAUUUAUUGCUCCAAUGCCCAUUAUGCCAAACUGAUAUCACAAAAUUGAGUGAAGAGAUGCGACAGAUUCAUACAAAUGAUUGCCUAGAUAAGGAUGGCAUGAAUGAGGUAUCUAUUCCUAUUGGUCAAACAAAACCUAAUGCAUGUAACCAGAUUGUUGAUACUAACCCUGUCAUUGAGUGGCUAAGGGCAUUGGAUUUGUGCCGAUAUGAGGAGGCUUUCGUCAGAGAAGAGAUUGAUUGGGAUACUCUCCAUUGGCUGACAGAAGAGGAUCUUAUCAGUAUUGGUGUUGUUGCUUUGGGGCCUAGAAAAAAAAUUGUCCAUGCUCUUAAUGUUAUUCGUCAAAGAAAUUGUCUUUCUCAAGAUGGAGAAAAUGUCACUUACGCAACACCGAAUGAAAAGAAAAAUUUAGGUUUACUGGGAAACAAGUUGAUCACAGAAUACUUUCAUGGACCAAAGUCAUGUAAAGCAAGAGUUGGCAAUCCUUUUAGAUCAGUUGACAAUGCUGAACAAACUCGAAAGGGUUCAUCUCAGAAGAUGGUUGGUACUAGAAAGAGAGUCAAUCGCGGUAGAGCAAGAGAAACACCUCCUUGGUGUUGCAUAUCAGGAACACCAUUUCGAGUGGAUGCAUUUCGUUACUUAAGAGGAGAUUGUUCUCACUGGUUUUUAACACACUUCCAUAUGGACCAUUAUCAGGGUCUCACAAAGAACUUUUGCCAUGGGAAGGUUUAUUGCUCUAAAAUUACAGCACAACUAGUAAAUAUGAAGAUUGGUGUUCCAUGGGAUAGAAUUGAAAUUUUGCCUUUAAACAAAAAAAUUACCAUUGCUGGUGUGACUUUGACCUGUUUAGAUGCUAACCACUGCCCUGGGUCUAUAAUUAUUCUUUUUGAACCAUCCAAUAAUAAGGCAGUCCUGCACACUGGGGAUUUUAGAUUUUCUUCAGAGAUGGCAGGCUCUACUAUUUUGCAGUCAUCCUAUAUCCACACUCUUAUAUUGGACACGACUUAUUGCAAUCCUCAAUAUGACUUCCCAAAACAAGAGGAAGUGAUUCAGUUUGUUAUUGAUGCCAUCCAAGCUGAAGCUUUCAACCCAAAAACGCUUUUUUUCAUUGGCACCUAUACGAUUGGAAAAGAGAAGUUGUUCAUGGAGGUUGCAAGAACACUCAGAAGGAAAUUAUAUGUUGGGGCUGGAAAGUUACAUUUACUUCAGUGUUUGGGUUUGCCUGAGGAGGACAUGCAGCUGUUCACAGCAAAUGAGAUGGAAAGCAACAUCCAUGUUGUGCCAAUGUGGACCAUAGCAAGCUUUAAACGAAUGAAAUACAUAUCUAACCAGUAUUCGGAUCGCUACAAUCUCAUAAUUGCUUUCUCUCCCACUGGUUGGACAUCUGGAAAGGGGAAGACACCUGGGAGAAAGUGGCAACAGGGUACCAUCAUCAGGUAUGAAGUCCCAUACAGCGAGCAUUGCAGCUUUACAGAGCUAAAAGAAUUUGUUCGAUUUAUAUCCCCUGAGAACAUAAUCCCGAGCGUGAACAAUGACGGCCCUGAAUCUGUCGAUACUAUGUUGGCUCUCCUCUUGUCUGAUUCAUAGUAAGCAAUCAUCUCCCCAGCCUAAACCUCUCCUUGCUUCCUUUCAUUACAUGAUUGGCGGAUCUCCCAAAAGAACAAACAAGCUUUGGUUUUUGUGCAAAUUUGCCAGAAUAGAAUUUAGGGGGUUCGCUUGUCUGAAUAACAAGUUAGUGGUUUCUGAGUAAUAUUUAUAAGUGAACUCUUAUGUGGAGGAAUUUGGGGGAAAUUAUUUUUAA